UCCCAGCAGCUUGUGUGUGCAGGCAGGGGGCGAAGAUGGGACUGCCCGCCUUGGAGUUCAGUGACUGCUACCUGGAUAGUCCGCAAUUCAGGGAGAGACUCAAGUCCCACGAGCUGGAGCUGGACAAGACCAGCAAGUUCAUCAAGGAGCUCAUCAAGGAUGGCAAGGCGCUCAUCCAGGCGCUCAAAAGUCUGUCUUCGGCCAAGAGGAAGUUUGCCGACUCCCUCAACGACUUUAAAUUUCAGUGUAUCGGGGACGCUGAGACGGAUGAUGAGAUAUGCAUAGCCAAGUCUCUUCAGGAAUUUGCAGCUGUCCUACAAAACCUGGAGGAUGAGAGGACACGGAUGAUUGAGAACGCCAAUGAUGUGCUCAUUAUGCCUCUGGAGAGGUUCAGGAAAGAGCAAAUCAGUGCAGCUAAGGAAGCCAAGAAAAAGUACGAUAAAGAGACAGAGAAAUAUUGUGCGGUACUAGAGAAGCACAUGAGUCUUUCAGCAAAGAAGAAAGAGUCGCAUCUGCAUGAGGCGGACAACCAAGUAGAUAACGUGCGGCAGCAUUUCUAUGAGGUUUCUCUGGAGUACGUUUUCAAAGUGCAAGAGGUCCAAGAGAGGAAGAUGUUUGACUUUGUGGAGCCUUUGCUGGCCUUCCUGCAAGGCCUGUUCACCUACUAUCACCACGGCUACGAGCUGGCGAAGGACUUCAACCACUUCAAGACGGACCUCACAAUCAGCAUACAAAAUACGCGGAAUCGUUUUGAGAGCACGAGGUCCGAAGUGGAGAGUUUGAUGAGGAAGAUGAAGGAGAAUCCACAUGAGCACAAGAGUAUCAGCCAGCACACGAUGGAGGGAUACCUGUAUGUGCAGGAGAAGCGUUCCUUCGUGUCUACCUGGGUGAAGUACUACUGCACGUACCACAGGGAGCCAAAGCGGAUCACCAUGGUCCUAUUUGACCCCAAAUCGGGCGGCAAAACUGGUGAAGAGGAGAGUUUCAUACUCAAGUCCUGCACCAGAAGGAAGACAGACUCGAUUGAAAAAAGAUUUUGCUUUGAUGUGGAGGCUGUGGACAGGCCGGGAAUAAUCACCAUGCAGGCUCUGUCAGAGGAAGACCGCAGGCUGUGGAUGGAGGCCAUGGACGGGAGAGAGCCGGUGUACAAUCUCAACAAGGACAACCAGACGGAAGGAAUGGCCCAGCUGGAUGUGAUUGGGUUCAAUGUGAUGAAAAAAUUCAUUUAUGCAGUGGAGACUCGAGGUAUUGAUGAGCAAGGCUUGUACAGAAUCGUCGGCGUCAGCUCUCGUGUGCAGAAACUAUUGAGCCACGCCAUGGAUCCAAAGACAUGCGCUGAUGUGGAGCUGGAAAACCCCGAGUGGGAAAUUAAGACCAUCACCAGUGCUAUCAAGCACUAUCUCAGGGUGCUCCCUGCACCUCUCAUGACAUAUCAAUAUCAGAGGAGCUUCAUCAAGGCUGCGAAGUUGGACAACCCUGAGGCCAGGGUGACAGAGAUCCAUGGUCUGGUCCACCGACUGCCUGAGAAGAACCGGCAGAUGUUGGAGCUGCUCAUGAAACAUCUUUCCAAUGUGGCCAAUCACCACCAGCAGAACCUGAUGACGGUAGCCAACCUGGGCGUGGUUUUCGGUCCGACUCUCCUCCGCCCACAGGAGGAGACGGUGGCGGCCAUCAUGGACAUCAAGUUCCAGAACAUUGUAGUGGAGAUCCUCAUUGAGCACCACGAGAAGAUAUUCAAAGAUGCGCCGAGCUCUGCUGGAGAUUUAACCAACCCUCAGCUCAACCAGUCCAGGAGGAGAAGCACUGAGAGCAAAGCUCCGUCCUGCAUUGAAAGACCUCUCACGCUCUUCCAGACACCAACACAUUCCCUCAAAGGUGAGAAGAGGAACAGCGUGGUCAACGCCGCAAUGGGCGAGCUGCACCAGGCCGCGUCGUCUUCCGCCAACUGCAACAGCAGCAGCAGCAGCAGCAGCAGCGGCGGAAGCCAAGGUCUAACGCCCAGACACAGCCUGACCAGCAACGACGGAGAGCACGAUCCCAGGCACAUCCGUCCCAACUCAUUGUUGAACCCCAAAACCCGCAGCAGCAUACCAGUCUGUGGAUCAUCCUCCAGUCCAAACUCACCACGGUCUCCAUCCUGGCCCAUGUUCUCAGCGCCGUCCAGUCCGCAGCCCGUUUCUUCGGCCUCCAGCGACUCGUCCCCAAUCAGCAAUUCUGGCAAGCGAGCUCGUGCUCUCUACGCCUGCAAGGCCGAGCACGACUCCGAGCUGUCCUUCAUUGCGGGGACUAUCUUCGACAACGUUCAUGCCUCCAGAGAGCCGGGCUGGCUGGAAGGAACGUUGGACGGUCGAAUAGGACUCAUUCCUCAGAACUAUGUGGAAUUUCUAUAGUGCAACAACUGAACUCGAGGACGACACUGGACUUGGACUAGACCAAACUGGACUGCAAGUGCAGGGUGUGGGGGACCAUAAUGGAUUAUAUACACGAGUUGGAAUUCACUUAUUUUUUUUUGGGGGGGGGGGGGGUAGCAAAUGGAGCGGAUGUGACCCAUGCCCAGACUUUGGCGAGAUCCCGGAGUUGCACUGGAAGGAGCCUCCGCGGUUCCAGCUGUUCUUGGAUUAGUUUGGAUGGCUUCCCAAGUCUUCAUGAAGAUGAUGUGCUAAUGAGCCUGGAAUGUGUGUGUGCGUGAGUAAAUGAACUGAUAUAUGUGAGAUUGUUUUUCACUUCUUUCUUCUUUUGAACUGCACUGACUGCUUAUCGAGAUCUUCCCGCAAAUGCGGAUGACAAAUUAAAAAGACAAAAAACAAUAACAGUGGCCUGCCACAUUAGAUUUGAAUACAGAAUUUCCCUGUCAACAAGGUCAAAAGCUUUUUUAAAAAAAAGAAAAAUUAUUCCUUUGACAUUAAAAAAAAAAUAAUAAAAUUAUCCGCUUAUCCUCACUAGGGUCUCUGGCGUGCUGGAGCCUUUUUUUUUUU